AUGAGGCCAGUGAGUCGCUGCACCCUGGACUGGAUUUACUCCAUUUUGCUGCUUAUGAUCAUCUUGCUCUCCUGGGGAUUUGCCAUCUAUGCAUCAACUGUAGCUGCAGGACAACAGCUACAGAACGAGUUUCCAGACAAAUUCUUUGAAAUGAAUGAACUUCGAUAA